AGUUGUGACAGCUCAUGUCAGCCUGGGUCCCCAAUACAAGUUGGUGUACAACUGCUACGAAUAUAAACUGGAAAGGAGAUUUCACAACAGACUGGCAUGGAGUUGCAGGAAUAAAGAAAAGUUCAAAUGCAAAGCUAGAUGUUAUACGUAUAAUGACAGGAAUGUUAUUGAUAGUCGGUUCGACGUUCACAAUCAUACGUAUAAUGUCAAGGCUAACCUGUACCAAAUGACCUCCAGAGUGUACAGUUUAGUUAAGAAGACUUGGAAUAAUUAUAGUAUUUAUUGUAAAGAUGAAGCAGUACAGUAAAGAAUCCAUUUUUUGUUGUUUGAUUAUUUAAGUCUUGUUGAGGAAAUAUUUAUUUUGUAAAAAGUUGUGGUUGAGAUAAGACAACCUGCACAAACUGCAACCGUACAUUCAAAUUCAAAAGCAAUCUCUUGCGUCAUCGAAGGUUCAACUGCGGUAGAGAACAACCGAAACAGUUUUUUUGCGAUCUGUGCCCGAAGAGAUACACACAGAU